AUGUUUUCAUGUUUUUUAAAUGUUUUUGGCUGUUGCGAUGAAGUAAGGAGAACACUUUGGAAAGGUCAUGUCCGAAGAGGUGAUGCCACUGACGAACACCAUGAACUCAGAGAUUCAGAUGAGGAAGAAAUGCAUCACGGAUUGGCACAACAUGACAUGAUAGCUGGUAGAACAAGUAUGGACAGAACAUCCAUGCAAGAAGAACACGAACUGGCUCAUGAUGGUAUGACAGAUGAGGAAUUUGCUCAACUGUUGCAACAACAAGAAUAUGAAGAAGCAGCAAGAAGAAGUAGAAGUGGAAAUGUAAAUACUGUGACGUCCUCUUCGGGUAAUAAUAAUGGAAGAACAAUGGUUGAUUUGGGAGAUAAUGAAGGUUCUGCAUUUAAUUUGAGAGAAGAGCAAGACCAAGCUUAUUUGAGAUCUUUGCAAAGAGAUCAGGAAAGAAGUAGGCAAGAAGAGUUGGAAAGACAACGAAGAGAACAAGAAGAACGUGAAAGACAACGACAAGAGCAAGAAAAAAUUAGAAAGGAACAAGAAAAAAUUGCAAAAAGAAGAGAAAAAGCUAACAAGCUCAAAGCUGAGCCUGCGGAUACAGAGAGAAAUUUUUCAAAAGUUCUUAUACGAUUUCCUGAUUCUUCACGGUUGACUAGAUCCUUCAGACAUUCUGACACAAUUGGAGAUAUUUUCGAUUAUUUGGACGUUACCAAAGAAAUUGAUAUUGAUAAGUUUGUGCUAGUGACCACUUAUCCUGCUAGAAGAUUUUCCUAUGAAGAACAUGCCAAUCUUUCUCUUGCGGAGGCCAACUUAAGCGAAAAACAAGUCACAUUGAAUUUGGCUGAGAAAUAA